AUGGACCUCCUCCAAACAGUCCGCAAAGAAGGCUCCCGUGGCGGAGUCAACUUCUCCUGGGAUGAUGUCAAGUCCUCCCAGCACCGCGAGAACUACCUCGGCCACUCAUUGAUGGCACCAGUUGGCCGCUGGCAACAGAACAAAGAUCUCAACUGGUAUGCGAAAGCCGAAGACGCGGAACUGACACCCGAGGAGCGAGCGGCGAGAGAAGCCGAGAGGAAGCGCGCGGAGCUGCGAAAAGUGAAAGAAGCAGAGGAAGAUGCCAUGGCAAAAGCGCUUGGCUUGCCGGUGCCGGAUCGGACGAACGCGAACAAUGAGCCGUUGGGAGAGAGCAAAGUCACACAGCGAGAGGUCAACAAGGCGUUGAAGGAGGCUUUGGCGGACGAUGAGGAAGAUGCGAACCGAGCGGUGGGACUUGGAGACAAGGAGAAGGAGAGGAAGAGUAGGCACAAGGAUGAGCGGAAAAGGCACAGAAGUCGCGAUAGGAGACGCGAUCGACAUGAUGAGGACCGAGGCCACAAGAAGAGACGAAGCAGGCGAGAUCGAUCAAGAAGCAGAGACAGACACAGUCAGCGCCAUCGACGACGAAGCUACGACGACAGGCCGCGGAGUCGAGAUAGGGAUAGGAAGCAAGACAGAAGCCGCUCGAGGUCGCCGUACUCGGAGAGGAAGCGACGUAGGGAUGAUCGAUGA